AUGAUACACUCCGAAGGUGUGACCAGCUACACAGCAACAGUGCUGCAUGCCGCAAAGUCUCUCAGCAAAGGCCUCCGUGGGCUUGGAGAGAGCGUGGCCCACAGUCUGGCUGGGGGGCGAAGCACCUCCCAAUCUCCAUCACCACCCAACACUGAUGUGCAGCAGCCUGGAGUAGUCACCAUAUUGGAUAUUGAGGGUAACGAGGAAGACGACGGCCAAGACAACGAAGAGACAUUCGAUCCAAUCGUGGCUCACUUCAUAGCGCACUCGGAAGCAAUAAUAGCUCUGAAGUUUGACGCUAGUGGUAUGUUGUUGGUGACUGCGGACCGCCGCGGCCACGACUUCCAUGUGUUCAGGAUCAACCCGCACCCUUGUGGCUCCAGCCUGGCUUCUGUACACCAUCUCUACAUACUGCACAGGGGGGAUACUACGGCUAAAGUGCAGGACAUAGCAAUAUCCUGCGACAGUCGUUGGGCUGCAAUAUCGUCGCUCCGCGGCACUACGCACGUGUUCGCGAUCUCCCCGUAUGGGGGCGCCGUCGGCGUACGGACACAUACUCAGCCGCGCGUUGUCAAUCGACUGUCGCGAUUCCAUCGCUCAGCUGGGUUACCCAUACAUGGAGUACCCGGGAAACGAGCUACGCCGGUCGGCGAUACAAUGGCCCAAGGCGCGUGGUUCCCCAACCCCCGCCUCCCCCCGUACCCCCUCCCCACGACACUAUCUCCCCUCGCGCAACUACGCCCCACUGCCAACAUACCCACGCACACCAUCACUAGGAAUAGCUCUGGUCGGCAGCGCCUGUCGUCGCUGUCGGAGGAGCCGGGCGCGCCGCUGCUGGCCCGCGCGCGCGCCGCGCCCGUGGCCGCGCUCUACCUCAUGGCCGCCAACGGCUCGCUGCUACACCUCCUGCUGCAUCCUCGACCGCUGUCCUCCAUACCCAAGGAGAAGAUCUGCGACGACUCCGCGAUCGAGUUGGAGGUGGAGGCAGUGUCGCAGUGGCCGCUGCAGCGCCCGGCCGCCGCCGCCGACCUGUUGGCGCCACUACCGCCCUCCAACCCACUACUGCAGCCGCAGACGUGCAGGAGGUGCGCGGACAUGUGCAUGAGUGAGGAAGAGCGUUGGUUGUCGCAAGUGGAGAUAGUGACCCACGCUGGACCACAUCGACGACUCUGGAUGGGACCGCAGUUCGUUUUCAAGACCUAUAAUUGCACGGGAUCAAGCUCGUCCCUGUCUGAAGCGGAGACAGUAGAAGUGGAUACUAGCGCUGCCCGCGGCGUCGCUCGUUCCAACCCGGUCAAUAUGCCCGGUGUUAGACCCGUCGUACCUGUCCUCAUAGACUCUGGAUCUGCCAGUUCUCUAGAACAUUCUCCGUCGGACAGUUUCCGUCGCAAGUCGUUGCUAGCGGAAACUGGACGCGCGGCCUCAGUCUGUGACGUGCAGCUGAGAGAGGACUUAGCGGAGGCUAUGAAGGAGGACCAUGGGGCGGCGAGCGACUGCAGCCCCCCCGCGGCGCCCGGCCCGCGCCCGCGCUGCGUGGCGCGCGCCGUGGACCCGCUGGGCACCGUGGUGCAGCCCCCGCCCGCCUCGCCGCCCGCCGCCUGGCCCGAGCCCUUCGCCGCCUCCAACUGCGACGAAGCCACGUUCAGGCCCGUGCUGCGCGCGCCCGCGCCGCCCGAGGCGCGCCCCGAGGACGCGGCGCGCCCGCUGCCACUCACCACUACUAUCCCGGUGCAGACCGUGACGGAGCCCGCGCCCGCGCCCCCGCCCGCGCCCCCGCGCGGCCUGCCCACGGCCGUCGUCAUCCCCGCCGCCCUGCAAGACGACGACAUCAUUAGUUUUAAUUUAGAUAAGUGUAGUAUAAACGAGGAGGCGAUGCGAGAGAUGAGGGAUGCAAGACGGAGUGCGAGGAGCUUGGCGCCUGCCGAGCGAGCCUGCCAGGCGCCUCCCGACACACUGCCAAAACAGAGGCAGUCGGGUGAUAUUCAACCGGCCGCCCCACCUACAGUUAGGCGAUCUCCCACCCCAAAGUCGGAUACCGAUGUUAACUCUAGGGAUAAGAAAUCUAGUAGAAUUAGGGAAAGCCCUCGGUUGCGAGAUGAAGGCUCGAGGGCUUUUAGGUCUAGUGAGGUACGAGAGCGUAGGGGGUCUACUCCUAAAGUAGAAAGAGUUGCUAAGAUGGAGCCUAUUCAGAAAGAAUCUGUUCCAAAGGAGUAUGUUCCAAAAGAAUCUGUACCUAAAGUAACUGGUUCAAGGGAAUCUGUACCAAAAGAAAUUGUAGUGAAAGAAUCUGUGUCAAAGAAGAUAGCUUCCAGAGAGUCUGUUCCGAAAGAACUUCCAAAAGAUGUUAUUGCAAAAGAAUUAGUAACAAAAGACCCUGUUAUGAAAGAACAUCCCUUAAGGGAGUCGGAUCCCAUUGCUUCCGUUGAUACUCACGAGGAGUCAUCCUCAGCGAGCGUUACUUUAAAAUUAUCGUCUAAGAAAAAAUCUGAGUCAAGGUCUGUAAGAGAAAAAGAUGUGGAAGUCAUUAAAACUGAAGAACAAGCUUGGGAUAUGCUCUUGAAUGAGCCGGAGAAACCAAUUGUGCCUAAUAAACCACCUGCCGAAGAAAAAAUUUCUGAGGAACCUAAACCAAAAUCUAAGAAAAAUCGAAAGGGUAAGAAGUCUCAGGAUGAUAAUCAAGUGAAGGAUGAAGAUACAUUUGUAGAAAUACAUACCAUCGAAGAUAAACCACAGCCUUCUAGCGGUGAUCUAGUUUCUAUAUCAACACCUUAUGAUGACAUUGAACCCGUGUCUUUCUUAGCAAAAGCUAAAAAGUCACGGUCAACUAAAAGUGUUACUCCAGAGAGGAGACAUGACUUUGAUCCUAGAGCUAUUUGGGCACUCGACGACUCGGAAACUAGUAGCUUGCCUAAAAUAGAAAAUGUCGAUGAUGUGAACGAUGAAUGGUCUGAACCAAUUUCAAAAAACAAAUCUAGUGAUUCAGAGAUAGGAAUACUUAUAACAGACUCACUUAAAGUUGAAGGAACUGAGCAAAGUGCCUCCCCUUUGAAAGAAUCUACACAAACCAAGAAAACUAAAUCUCCAUCUCCUUAUGCUGAUCGUAAAUCAACCGACAAACGCUAUGAAACAGAGGUUACAGAUGUUUAUGUUAUAGAUACCAUGAAGGAAGAUUUCCCCGAAAUUCAGAUAACUAAAGCCAGUAAGACCCGAAAGAAAUCACCUCAACCUGAGAAGGUGACUCAGGAGGAUAGACCUAUUAAAUCUUGGAGUUCUAUUGCUGCGUCUAAAAAUGACAAGAUUACUGAAGAAAGAAUAGAAAUCGAAAAGAAAGAGAAAGAAGAAAGGGUUCUUAAAGCUAAAGAUAUGAACGUAGAGGCUGAGUCUUCCGAUCAGGUGUCUUUGCAAGAUAAACUUAUUGAACUUUGCAAAAGGCCUGAUAUCAUGGUAGCCCAGUGCGAUGCUCCUGCAGAACUAAAUUUUGUUGAAGAACAUCAUUCAGUUCGGGACCUUCCACCGUUGGAACCUUUGGACUUCGGUUUAGAUGAUUUCAAGCUAGAGGUGAUGCGAGACAGUCUACUGGAAAUGAACGAAGGGGCAGUCUCGAGUCCUAUAUGCAAGAUAAAUAUUGACAACAUAUUGUCGACCAUAAAAGAAACGACAAACAAAACUAUAGAAUCUAGUGCAUUCAACCUAAUCGAUUUGGAAAAGGUUCCGUCAAAGAAAGAGAAAGGCUUUAGUGUAGUUGAAAACGAUAAAAUAACAUCUCAAGAGGUGAAGAUUGACGAAGAUAAAUCUGACGACAAAGAUAUAGGGGUAAUGGAGAAAUCUUCGGAUGAUGAUGUGUCGUCUCCCUUGGCGUCAUUGGACAGUGACAAAGAGGACAAGAAACCAACUGGUGCUUCUAAUGUAACCAUGCCUUCGACAAAGCAAUCGUCUAAGUCUAAAAAGUCGCGUAAGAAGAAAAAGUAAUAAAAUGUGUUCAGUGAUAUUAAUGUUCAAUGUUUCGAUUUUUGCAAUAUUUAUCGUAGUUUAAAUCAAAGACAUAUUCAGCUUACAUUCAUUUUAAUAUUGUAAUAAUUUUACUAAGGGCUGACUGGAUGUAGUGGUUUAUUUUAAGGAUAUCGGUAGAUUUUUAGGUAGUAGAAUAUUUUGCGGAAAUACAGUAAAAGUUAAAAGUAGUUUAUGCUUUCAUCCACCGAUGGUGAGAUGUGCAACAUACCUGAGUUGAAAGUCUCAUCGUUCAGGUACCUACAUGUGGUAUCAAUAUUUAAUAACUAAUUGGAUGUUUCAGAGCUUGAAUAUAAUUUUAAAUACAAUACAAUAUUU